UCAAAAAAUGUUCGCCAAGUGCACCGUCGUCUUGUGCCUCGCGGUUUCGGCCACCUUUGCCAGGUCCACCGGGUCACCGGACCAAAAUUCUAUCGAUGACAACGUCGCACCGCGCUCUGAGGACUCUUACUCGUACAUGAACGACCUGAGGUACGUGUACAAAGUGUAUCAACAAUGUGCCGGUCAAGACAUGUUCCCUUGUCUCAAGUUGAAGCUCGUUACCGCUUUGGACAGGGUCUCCAGGAGUGUAAACGUCGAGUUAAUUGAUGGAGUCACAUUUGUGAAGGAUCCCCAAGCACCUGAAACCACCGAACAACCAAAAACCGAAGCGGAGAUUGAAGCUAACUUACCCAGAUCCCUCAACGAAAAAGACGAUGCCUUAAGCAACCUCAUUUUCCAGAAAGUUGGAUCAUUUUUGGAAUCUCACUCAUUACAGGUUAAACUUCCAUCCUCUUCGGACAUUGCUCGCAGCUUCUCCGGAGAAGAAGGUCGUGGAAAAAAGAACAAGAAAGGCAGCUCCAUGAUGCUUCUACCCUUGAUUCUGGGUGGAACUUUAGUGCCUCUCGCCCUAGGUGCUUUGGCUCUGCUUGCAGGAAAGGCUCUGAUUGUUUCAAAACUGGCUCUGGUGUUGGCUGGAAUUAUCGGUCUUAAGAAAUUGCUUUCUGGUAGUCAUGGACAUCAAGAAUCGGGACACGUUGAGGUCGUUUCAUCUGGGCAUGGUGGUGGAUGGGGAAGGUCUUAUGACAAAGAAGAAGCAGCAAGGUUAGCUUAUCAAGCUUACGAUCCAGAAGCCAAAAAAGAACGAUAAGAUUGUUUAUUAUUUAAUUUAGUUAAGUUAUUUAUUUCUAUUGUAAGAUUUUUAACAGACUGUAAAAUAAAUGUGUAAUUAUUUUUA